AUGUAUUUUCACGAGUUCAGAGAACCACGGAACGCGUACGAUUUCAACGCUAUGGUAACGCCAAGCUUGUUAAACGGGAUCAUGAGGAUCAGCCUGGCUUUGAACGUGAUCGAUCCACUUCAUCUGGCUACGUUUAACCUCGAUGUGACCAUGCGUUGCUGGAAGCCGACCGAUCCACCUCUCGAGUUCUUGACGCGUCAUUUGCUAGACAGACGACGACAGGUGAUCAAUAUAACGAUUCCGAGAGACUGUUACAAAACGUACGAUUUCAUCUUUCUGAAAGCGGAUGUAUUCGAAACAGACGUGCAGAUGUUCACUCAAGUGACGGUGGUGCCAUUAUUACUCCUCGAUUCCAAGUUCUCAACGCCAGACUCAACGACGGAUCCGCCUCAGGACUAUCUUAUACCUAUUGUACGCCCGAACAUUCCGAAGCAGAUGUAUCAAGGCAAGUUAUGCAAAAAGUGUGCUCCCUAA